UUUCAUCUAAAUGGGAUGCACAAGUCUGGAGACGUGGUUUUGGGUGGACUGUUUCAGAUCCACUUCUUUUCUGUAUUUCCUGACCUGUCUUUUACCUCUGAGCCAGACCAGCCAUCUUGCCAUGGUUUUGAUGUUAUAGGAUUUAGACGGGCCCAAACAAUGGCCUUUGCUAUUGAUGAGAUCAACAGAAACCCAAACCUGCUGCCUAAUGUGACUCUGGGAUACAGUAUUUAUGAUCACUGCGUCAAUGUUGGAAUCUCAUUCCGUGCAGCACUGUCAUUAGCAAACGGUCAAGAAGAGCAAAUUAUAUUAGAUGACAAGUGUGUAGGAAACCCUCCGGUUCUGGGGAUUGUGGGUGAUUCUUCUUCUACACAUUGUAUCGCCAUCUCCAAUGUGUUAGGUUUGUACAGAGUCCCUAUGGUGAGUUAUUUUGCCACAUGCGCCUGUCUGAGUGACCGGCAAAAAUAUCCAUCCUUCUUUAGGACGAUCCCAAGUGAUGCUUUCCAGGUCCGUGCUAUGAUUCAGAUUAUGAAGCACUUUGGUUGGACUUGGGCAGGUCUGCUAGUUGUUGAUGAUGAUUAUGGACUCAAUGCUGCCCGGUCCUUCCAGUCUGACCUGAGUCUGUCUGGUGAAAUUUGUCUGGCUUACAUAGAGGUUUUACCCUGGGACAAUGACCCAUCUGAACUAAGGAGGAUUGUGGAUAUGAUGAAGAAAUCCACAGCACGUGUGGUCAUAGUUUUUGCACAUGAGAGUUACAUGAUUAACCUCAUGGAAGAGGUGGUGAGGCAGAAUGUGACAGGUCUGCAGUGGAUGGCCAGUGAAGCCUGGACAGCGGCCGAUGUCCUCCAGACCCCUCACCUCAUGCCGUACCUGGGUGGCACACUGGGCAUUGCCAUCCGUCGAGGAGAAAUACCAGGGCUGAGGGACUUCAUGUUACAAACACGUCCUGAUCUACACCACAACAGCAGCUAUGGAAAUAACACGUUAAAUCAGUUUUGGGAAUUCACAUUUCAGUGUAAAUUUGCACCACCUCCCGAAGGCUGGGUGGAAGGUGGGGGAGCACUUUGCACUGGAGAGGAAGAUCUAGAGUUUGUGGAGACUGAACUUUUGGACAUUUCCAACCUCAGACCAGAGUAUAACGUGUACAAGGCUGUGUAUGCUCUGGCCCAUGCCCUUGAUGAUGUGUUGCGGUGUGAGCCAGGCAAAGGGCCUUUCAGUGGAAACAGCUGUGGGAAUUUGCAAGCACUGGAGCCGUGGCAGCUUCUGUAUUACCUUGAAAGGGUCAACUUCACCACAUCGUUUGGUGAUCAAGUGUUAUUUGAUGAGAAUGGUGAUGUCUUACCAAUAUAUGAUAUCAUGAACUGGUUGUGGCUCCCUGAUGGAAGAACUAUAGUUCAGAAUGUGGGUGAAUUUAAGAAGUCAACCUCCAAAGGUGAAGAAAUUACAAUUGAUGAAGACCAAAUCUUUUGGAACUUUGAAAACAAAAAGCCACCCCGCUCAGUGUGCAGUGAGAGCUGUCCCCCAGGGACCCGAAUGGUGAGAAAGAAGGGGGAACCUGUGUGCUGCUUUGACUGCAUCCCUUGUUCUGAGGGAAAGAUCAGCAAUGAAACCAAUUCUAUGGAGUGCAUCAGUUGUCCAGAGGACUUCUGGUCCAGCCCCCAGCGUGACCACUGUGUUCCUAAGAAAACAGAGUUCCUCUCCUACCAGGAACCUCUGGGUAUCUGCUUGACAGUCACCUCAUUACUGGGAACAUUCAUCUGUGCUAUUGUUCUAGGGAUAUUUAUCUACCAUCGCAGUACCCCUAUAGUACGCGCCAACAAUUCUGAACUUAGUUUCCAGCUGUUGUUGUCUCUUAAGCUAUGUUUCUUAUGUUCACUGUUAUUCAUUGGACGUCCCAGAUUGUGGACAUGCCAACUGAGACAUGCAGCAUUUGGGAUCAGCUUUGUGCUUUGUGUUUCUUGCAUCUUGGUCAAAACCAUAGUGGUUCUGGCUGUAUUCAAGGCCUCUAAGCCAGGAGGUGAAAGCAGUCUAAAGUGGUUUGGCUUGAUGCAGCAGAGAGGAACAGUUCUGGUUCUUACGUUUAUUCAAGCAGCUAUCUGCACCGCCUGGCUUGUAUCUUCUUCACCAGCUCCUCAUAAAAACACACAAUACCACAAGGAUAAGAUAGUUUAUGAGUGUAUAGUUGGGUCCACUAUUGGUUUUGCAGUGUUGUUGGGUUAUAUUGGUUUACUGGCCAGUCUCAGUUUUAUAAUUGCAUUUCUGGCCAGGAAUCUUCCAGACAGUUUCAACGAGGCCAAACUCAUCACAUUCAGCAUGCUGAUCUUCUGUGCUGUGUGGGUGGCUUUUGUCCCAGCUUACAUCAGCUCACCAGGCAAAUAUGCAGAUGCAGUGGAGGUAUUUGCCAUCCUGGCCUCCAGUUUUGGCCUCUUGGUAGCGCUGUUUGGACCCAAAUGUUACAUAAUCCUGUUGAGACCAGAGAGGAACACGAAGAAAGCGAUCAUGGGUCGAGGUACCACCAAGACAUAAAAUUAAAACUUACACCAUUGCAUUUUACAUUGACCAGAUUCAAGAUCACUUUGAUUCAUUCUCUCAUAAGGCCAAGACAAUGUUGGACAAUUUUGCAUAAUUGCCACGGUGCGUCAUGGGAAGUA